AAACGACACCGAGAUGUUCAUGAUCAUUCAGAAGGAAUCUUCCGCUGGAGGAGGCGUUACAGAAGGGAUGAGCACGCCGCAGGAGAAAACAGCAAAACAGGUAAAAGCAGCGAUCAGUAAGAAGGUCCAGAAACAGCAGAAUAAGCAGAGGAGGCGUUCCAGUGAGCAGAGUGGAGUCCCUGAGGUCUCAGCGGCUGGAGUCAAGCCCCCCCAUGGUAGGUGGUGCAGCCAGAACCCCACCCCCUUCCCCGUGUCAGCGAGGGACAAAGAGAGGGGUACAGGGGAUGAAGAGGAGGAUCUGGAUGUGGAGGACAAGGUGGCAGAUAUGAUGAGGACGGGUGGUCGGAAGCAGCAAGAGAAGGAGCCGAUAGACCUGCUGCCUAUAAUGGACCCAGCUUUCGGACCGGACAGAGACCUACGACCCGAGGAGAUUGAAGAGCUCCGCGAGGCGUUUCUGGAGUUUGAUAAGAAGAAGAAUGGCUACAUCAGCUACAAGGACCUAGGAGAGUGCAUGAGGACCAUGGGCUACAUGCCCACAGAGAUGGAGCUCAUCGAGCUUGGCCAGUCCAUCUGUGGGGGCAAACUAGACUUUGAGGACUUUGUGGAGCUGAUGGGCCCAAAGAUGCUGGCAGAGACAGCAGAUAUGAUCGGAGUGAAAGAACUGCGAGACGCAUUCAAGGAGUUCGAUACUAACGGCGAUGGUCAGAUCAGUAUAAUGGAGCUUAGGGAGGCCAUGAAGAAACUGAUGGGAGAACAGCUGACAAACAGAGAGAUUGAUGAGAUCCUCCGGGAUGUGGACCUCAACGGGGAUGGACUGGUCAACUUUGAGGAAUUUGUUCGAAUGAUGUCACGCUGAGAUAAACAGACGGAGUCGUUGUGCAACAACUGGAAAAGGGACCACUACAUUUGUAGUGAACAUUCAUGCUAGUGACUGAGCAUCGAUUCUAAAACGUUAUUUUUGUUAAGCAGCACUUAUAACGUUAUUUUGUUAAGCAGCACUUACAACGUUCAUUUUGUUAAGCAGCACUUACAACGUUCAUUUUGUUAAGAAGCACUUACAACGUUCAUUUUGUUAAGCAGCACUUACAACGUUCAUUUUGUUAAGCAGCACAUACAACGUUCAUUUUGUUAAGCAGCACUUACAACGUUCAUUUUGUUAAGCAGCACUUACAACGUUCAUUUUGUUAAGCAGCACUUACAGUAAAUUGAGUGAAAUCCUGAGGUAGUUCUACAAAUCUUAUAACUCAAGAUGUGACAAACGUGCAUAACGGUGACAGGGUUCAGAUAUUACAUCAUUGUUUCAGCACUAUCCACUCGGUAGUGGUGCGUGGGUAAAAUCACCGGGGAAGCCAAGCCAGGGGGGGAAAAGCCAUAUUACAGCCUAUGUUUUGUGAUAAUUGCGUUGGUUGCUCAAUAACCUGUUAGUUAUAUGCCUUCCCACCAUGAUAUAUAGGCAGAGACAAUAUAGGCCGAAGGCGGAGUCCACGAAGCAUAUUGCAUGUGACAAACAGUUACGUGACCUACAGCACGGUCAAGCAAGUUAAUGUUUCCCACAUUUUCGGACUGCUUAACAACUAUUGAUUUAGAACCACAGAGAGUUACUGCAAGUCGCAAAGAAAACAGGAGCUGCCUCCACUAUUCCAGCACCAUUUCAACAUCAUCAAAUCACCUCCGCUUAGUUUAAUACAGUGACAACUAAAAGAUUUCUAAAAGAUUUCAAAAACAAGAUUUCAAAAACAAGAAACGCCAAUGACAUCCUCCUCUCUAUCAUGUUGCCUAAACGCUCUAUGACUCUGUCAUACAGUACACGCUUUUAGUUUUUGUUGUCCUAGGCUACCUGGCUAAAAUUCUUGCUCGCUAGCCUAACUUCCGUUCAUAGGUAACUAGUUAACGUUGGCCUACUACAUCUAGCUACAUAUUGAACUUCCUAUCAGACCAGACGCACAAUGUAUGAAUUUAUGGUUGGAUCUGGAUCACUGUUAUAAUCAUUUUUUGGUACACCAGGACCAUUCACAGUUGAGCUCGUUUAUCUCAACGAAGAUUGGUUAUAAUUUAUUUUUAAAUAUGUAUCAAGGGAGGCCAAAUGCUUGCUGGCUUCCCUUGCGUUCAAUGCUACAGGCGGCAACAAUGUCAUACUCUUUUUGACCAGACAGCAUCAGCUGGGCUACACCUACUAAAGAAAGAGGGGAGCUGUUUCACUCUCUCAGAUGCUUUCGUGAGAUUCAUUCAGCCUCUUCCGAAAUUGAAGGAAAAUUCUGAAACACAGAGAGACAAAAGACGUAAAAUGUUUAUUGGUAAGUGUUUUGGGGAAGCUUGUCUUCCCUUGGCAUCCAUGAGUACACACCACUCUGUCAACUGAGUUUUUUUAACUACCGCGCUUGAUAUGGUUCAAUUAAUCAAUAAAUCAGCACAAAUUUUUGGUUUUUCAAAUUGCCGAUGUUUUGAUGCUGGGAUUGAGAUGAUGUAUAGUAUGCUCUGCUCACAACAAAAAUUACAGAGAGCAAUGUACAAUAUGGCAAAUGUAGCAAAAUGAGGAACGUGUGGUACUGUAAGUGCAUGGGGGCCGCCAUCUUUAUACACCUCCGCUAUAGGAAUGAACAUUGUUCUGUUGUAACAUAUCAAAAUCCUAACGCAUGGCUGUCAUUAUUAUGUCUUAUCUUUUAACAGUUCAUUUUUUUUAGAAGUGAACAUUUUUACUCUGUUUGUAUGUGUGUUCAAGGGUUUAACCUUGUUUGUAAAAUGUGAUGGUUUUUUUCAAAUAAAAAAAUACUCCGUGUUGUUUAUAUGUUAUCUCAAAUGUAAUUAUUUAUAUGACAGUUUUUGACAAAUUAAUUUAUUGAUGAUAAUUUUAUCAAAUGAGACACAAUGUAAGACUAGGGGUGGCAGGUAGCUUAGUGGUUAGUGUUGGACUAGUAACUGAAAGGCUGCAAGGUUGAA